AUGGUGCUUCCUUACUCACAAAUCCUCAACUCCCGCCUCUUCAAAUUCAUCGUCGGAGAAGAUGUCGAUGACACUCCCACAGAAUUCAUGAUUCAUCAGGCCGCCAUAGCUCAACUUUCCGACCCGCUCGCCGCUCUCUUGACUGGUGAUAUGCUGGAAGCGCAAGCUGGAUGUACCAGUUGGAAAGAUGUCAGCAAGGAGACUUUUGAGCGGUUUGCGCAGUUCGCUUAUCUGGGUGAUUAUGAGGUUGUCGAGCCUCAGAAGAUUGUAGCCAAAUUACGAAACAUUUCUCCUGAGCCGGUGGUGGAGGAUGCGUUUGCUUCAAGCAGUACGCCUGUGAGAGGGAAGAAGAAGAAAGGUCCCCGCAUUAUAAAUUGGGAGGAAGAAGCUCCGGCGGAGGAACCCCAAGAAUGUAAGGAAGUUCCUGAAGAGGAAUUUGGCUGGGGUUUCUCAUCGACGAAGAAGAGUAAGAAAACGCGCAAAAGCACGACGAGCCUCUCAUUCGAUUCGGUAGUAGAACCAGAACCAACAGCCUAUGAAUCAGCACGAGCGCCCUCACCACCGCCCAUCGACUUUGACGACCUCACCUACCCCCUCCUAACCUCCCUCACCCCCUACACCCCCCUCUGCACACCCUCACCCCUCUUCCUUCCCUCCCACACCUACACCACCCCCUUCCUCUCCCACGCAACCCUCUACACCCUCUCAUCCCUCUGGCUCAUCCCCUCCCUCCAAGCCCUCUCCCUCUCCAAACUCCACACCACCCUCAAAACAUUCGAGCUCGACUCCUCAAACACGCCCGACAUCCUUGCGUUAGCACGAUACGCGUAUAGCGAGGAUGGUGUAGAUGAAUUGCGGGAUCUGGUCUGUAAAUUCCUGGUGGUGCAUGCGGUGACGUUGACUGCUGAUGAGGGGUUUAUGGGAUUGAUGCGGGAGGGUGGUGAGUUUGCGGGUGAUAUGUGGAGGGGGGAGGUCGAGAGGAAUCAUUAA